CUUGAUGGGAUUUUUUUUUUAUGUCUGUACAAGAGAGGAGAUUACCCCGAGGGGAACAUAAUCUACAUAAUCAAAAAUCGGCGCUUGGCCAUAAAACAUGGAAGUCCCAGCGGUGAACCUCAAGGCCAUAGUUCUGGUGCACUGGCUUCUGACCACCUGGGGGUUCAUGGCCUGGCUGCCCUCCUCCUACGCCUGGGGAAACUUCAGCGUGCUGGGGGUGGGGGUGUGGGCCAUCGCCCAGAGAGACUCUCUCGACGCCGUGCUGAUGUUCCUGGUGGGGAUGAUGAUGACGCUGCUGACGGACGUUGUGCAUUUCGGCGUGUACUACCCCCUGGCCGAGGGCCUGGCGGAGAGGAACCGGGACACCUUCCGCUUCAGCGUGGGGAUGGCCAUCCUCAGCCUGCUGCUCAAGCCUGUCUCCUGCUUCUUCCUGUACCAGAUGUACCGUGAGCGGGGUGGAGACUACAACGUCAACUUUGACCGGUCCCCACGUCCCGAAUCUUGGCCCUCAGAGUUGGAGACGUCAGUGGACAGUCGAUGCACCACGGAUAGUGCCGACAGUGCCCUGCCCAUUCGCCACUACUGAACCCUGAACCCCGAACCCCGAACCCUUCCUGCCUUCCUGAGCAAAGGCUUGACAUCCGUAACCCCGCUGCGCUCUGUUCCUCUUUCCCAUUACGUUAUUUAUAUGUGUAAGAAUGAUGUGUUAUCACUCCAAUUUGGAGAAGUAAAGCUGUUUAAAUAAGUGUUGCAGUGGGAAAAUGUUAUUGAGUAGGUCUAUGUUUUUAGCGAUAAGCAAUGGAGGAUUUCGUGUUUUUGUGCAGCCACUAGGGACAAUGAUGGAACAAUAUUGAUAAUUAUUCACUCUUAACUACAAUUCCCAGGGAAAGUAUCAGUCGAGGGUGAAUGGUAAAUGAAUCAUGAGGACAUGUCCCUAUCAGACAAUCAAGCAGGGAUUCCCCAUCAUGCCUUGUCAUACUGCGAUUGGACAGCUGAAGAGUUCCAUUUCCUGUGUUGCUCCAUGUCUUCCCUGUUGUUUCAAUCUGUGCUUCUCCUCGCUCGAUGUGUAACUGGCUGUGUGUACCACUGUGUAGAUUCAUCACGACUGUCAGAAAAUAUCACCCUGUCUUGAGUUUGUUUUUCGACUUGUCACCUUGCUGCAGAAGAUACGCAUGCGCUUUUUGUGUGUGUGUGUGUGUUUUUGUUCUAAACUUUUUCAUUCUUUUUUUUUCUCCUGACCUUUUUUUCAACUCAUUUGGUCUUGCUCAGGAAGACAAAAUGGUGGCUGUUUCAAACAAUCAUCACACAGGUUUGAGGAAAAAC